CACUUGAGAAUCCGGAGUAAGGGACGGAGACGAGAACCUAUUUGAGCAGAACAAUCGGCUAUCGGAAAGACUCGAGUUCUCGCGCACAGGGAAAACAACUUUUAAAAACUCAGAUCAGAAUGAAUAUCUCGCAUUUGGUGGCUUGUGGACUAUUGAUGACGCUUCUUUCAGUCAGCAUAGAGGGAAAACCUUUGACACAGGCACAGCAAAAGUCUCUCAGAAGUCUGCUGGGGGAGGAGCUUUCCGAGUACCUGGCGUCGGGAGAGGGCAAGCUGGAGAAGAUCCGGUCGCGGGUUCGGCUGCUGCGGGACCUGAGGCUGGACACGCGGGCGAAGGGCAUGUGGGCGCGGCUCCUGAGCGACCAGCCCACCGUGCGGCGCCACAAGACCGGCGCCAAGAAGGGCGCGUCCUCGUCCCGGAGCGGCUGCUUCGGACACAAGAUGGACAGGAUAGGCACCAUCAGCGGCAUGGGCUGCUAGGGUCGCCGCGGAAACACGCCGUGAACAUUCAGCGGACGAUGGGUUCGGACAACUGCUUCUUUAGUUGGUCUUCGCCUGAGGGAAAAAGAAAAAAACAAAAAAACAGAACACGAGUUGCCAUCUUUACUCAAGAAAUGGAUUUUCGGUACGAAAAACCACCACGACCAGCGUUACUGAAGACUGCGACAAAAACGACGAAACCAAUUCUGAUGUAUACCAUAAAAAACACGCGCGCUCAUGUACACGCGCGCACACACACAUACGCACACACACACACACUACCCGACGAUGGACAGUGGUGUACAAACUAAAAACCGCGAAGCUGUAAAUUGCUGCUGCUGCUGCUGUACAUUCAUGUACUUCAUUCCUGCAUAAAUGUAUUUAUGUUUUAAAAAAACUAUUUAUAUGUUUAUAAAAAAGAGAUAUUUAUAAAUAUGAGUUUUAUUUAUGUAACUUUUUUUUAUUGGAUGCAAACUGCAGGUCAAUUAUGUUUGUAACUUUUUUUGUCUUAAAUAGCUGUAAAUGUUUUAAAAAUGAAAAAAAGAACAUUCCACACGCA